UUCCAACUUUACAACGAAUUGGAACUUCGACCGUCGGUGUUAGUAUUGCAACGGCGGUCGCCUCUAUUUACACAAACAGUCUUCAUAAUUGCAACAAUUUUACUCCUCUCCUGGCCUUAUAGACUACUGGUCUACUCACAAACUGCCAAAUUGAAUUAUCCAUUCCGGAAAGUGUUGCGAAUCCCUCCCACUAAAUCGCGUCGCUGUGGAUACAAAUACCAUCCUAGAGCAAGUAAUAGUAAUGAAUGGAGAAAUAAUGAGGCCUUCAUUUUGGAGAAUCCACUUGCCGACAGGGAUGAUUCACUACUUCCAACCGAUAGUGACGAUGAAUUGCUGUCGCUAGAUAUUAGAUACACUGGGUCCGAUUGA